CCAGAAGAGAUGAAUUCAUUACUACUACACGGCGAAGCUGAAGGAUAUAUUCAAAGUCUGGAGAAGAUGUCAUUGCGUGAUGUCGGAAGUCCAAGGUGGUUUCGCCAGCAUGAGUUCAUUGAGAAACUCAAUAUGCAGGCUAUUCUAAAUGCCAGCGCCAAUCAAGAGGAAUUUAUAAAAGACCUCUUCAUUUCACUUGGAAAGAUACCCACUCUGGUACAUGCAAUGAUACUUACAGAAGUCUGGAAGCAUAAAGUGUUUACAAUAAUUUGCAAACUUCAGGACUUUAAUCCAAAGAGCAACUUUCUACUCUACAUGGUGAUUCAUCAUGAAGCUACCAUUAUAAACCUGCUGGAGACAAUUAUGUUCCACAAGGAGUCCAGUGAGGCUGCAGGUGAUGCUGUACUUGACUUGGUGGAUUAUUGUCAUCGCAAACUCACACUGCUGGCAGGACGCUCUGUCUGCGGAGAGGUCCCAGCUGAGAACCGAAUAAUAGACGUACAGAUGUCAGCCACUGCAUCUUUACAGGAUCUGCAAAGCCAAAGUGAUAUGUUAGAGUUUGACAUCUCUAUCAAGGCUCUUUCAGUGCUAUGCUACAUCACUGAUCACAUAGAGAGUUUGAGUUUGAGUGUGCUCUCAAGGAUGCUGAGCACUCAUAACGUGCCAUGUCUGCUGGUUCAGUUGGUGGAAAAUUGCCCAUGGAACAGAGGUAAAUUGGAGAAGUACACAGAGGGGAAGUGGAGGCCUAUCCUGCCUGAGGAUCAACUAAAGUUGAAUAAACAUGAUGGCCAAGUGUGGAUCGCUCUACUCAACCUGAUACUCAAACCAGACUGCCAAAGAAAAUAUGAUUUCAAUUCCUUUAACAAAAAUCAACUCUUAAAGCUUUGUGGGUUUUUGACAGAGGCUGUGAUGGAUCAGCUACCAAACCUAGUUGAUCUCAAGCAAUUUCUCAGUCACCUUUCUGUCACAGAUCCUUUGCCCCCUAAAAAAGAUCUUGUCUUGGAGCAGGUGCCAGAGAUAUGGAAUAGUAUUGUAACAGAGAACUCCAACAAGUGGAAAGCCAUAGCUAAAUACCAAGUUACAAAUGUUUUCAACCCCUCUGGCAAUGACUUACGAGAACAAGCUAGCAGGUUGGCUCAAACAUAUAAUCUGGAUGUGAUGGAGAAUCUAAUCCCAGAAAAACCCAAGUGUGGAGCCUGUGGAGCAAUGGGUGUGAAACGCUGCUCCCGCUGUCAGGGAGAGUGGUAUUGCAACAGGGAGUGUCAGGUGAAACACUGGCCCAAGCACAAGCCUGCAUGCAAACUUAUGGCAGAGGCCAUGCAAAAACUAUAGAAGGAUUUCUACAUCACAAGCUGAGUUACAGGAUUGCAAAAUGAAGAGAAGAUGGCUCAAUACAGCGAGAGCAACAAAGAUGAAUGCUGUGUAACACAGAAGUGCAUUAGAGUCUAUGAAUUGUAAUACUGCUGCACUAAUUGUGGACAGGAUUGGAAAAGGGGAAAGGAUAUUAGCAACUGUUCCUGAUGGUACUGAGUUUGUUUUAUUAGCUGCUGUACUAUGUUUUGUAUGAUGGAUCAGAAUAGGUAAGAGAUAAGUAAGCUUUCGUAUAUACUUUGUAUGUGUUUAUGAACAUGAUUUAUUACUUAUUUGGGUUGAACGAACAACUCAAUUUGAUAUGAAACACAAUUUUUGCAAGAGUUAUAUUUUAAAAUGUUUUUAUUGGAAUGCAGCCU